UAAAUGGCAACACCUGACACCAUUUGUUUGGUCACUGGUGGCGUCUGAUUGUCGAUUAAAUAUUGGUAAUUUGACAACGCGUGUGUUUGUUGUCCCAACUCUAGAUAUUCUCGAGUAAAGAGUGAAAUAUUAUAAACUGAGUUAAGUUUUUACUACGUAGUAAAAUGGCUGAAAAGUAUGAUAAGAAUGGCAGUGAUUUUAAAAGAAAUUCAAAUCAAGGAGCCCAAGGAGAUGAACAUGAACAAGAACAAGAUGGCGAAGAUACUUCAAAACUAAAUGAAAAAGCCGGCGAAUAUAUGCGAGAAUUGUUGAGUGAGAAAAUAAAACUAAACAACACUAAAUUCCCUGUUUCUUGCAGACUUAUUGACCAAGAAGUAGCAAAAGUACAAGCUUCUGGUAGAAUCCCACACAGGGAUACGAAAUAUCUUGAUGUAUUCCGUGAGAAACCCAUCAAGGUCACAGUUAAAGUACUGGUUCCUAUUAAGGAACAUCCAAAGUUCAAUUUUGUGGGUAAACUCCUUGGACCUAAGGGAAAUACAAUGAAACAAUUACAAGAAGAGACAAUGUGUAAAAUGGCUAUUCUAGGCAGAGGGUCCAUGAGGGACAGGCAAAAGGAAGAGGAGCUCCGUAACUCGUUGGAGCCGAAAUACGCGCAUCUUUCCGACGAGUUGCACGUCGAGAUAUCCGCGUUGGCUCCCCCGGCCGAGGCGCAUGCGCGAAUCGCGUACGCCCUCGCCGAAGUGAAGAAGUAUUUGCUGCCGGACUCGCAUGAUAUGAUUCGACAGAAUCAGAUGAGGGAUAUGAUCGAUAGAGAUACGUCUGCAAGUAGACCCCCCCUGCUCCAAUUGCCCGGCUACAACAGUAAAGCAAUUGUAUACAAUGCGUGCACGGUCACAAAACGAUCAUUAUCCUAUCAAGAUCCUGUGCAAGACCAUCGCCUGUUUCCAGGCGCGCCGCCGCCACCCAUGCCGCGUCCGGCGCCGCCGCGCAUGCCGCCCGCGCGGCCCAUGCAACCGGCCAAGUCGAAGGUUUUCAGCAUACUGGACAGGGCGCGCACCGCUAUGGAGACGAGCUCGUACGGGUACGACGACCCGUACGGGAUGCCUGAGCCGCCGGUACGGCCACCACCGUCUCGCGCGGCGCCCGAACCGGACUAUUACUAUGAGCGCAGUGCACCCGACCGUUACUAUGACGAAGAGUACUACAAGGAGGAGCCCCGCGAGUACAAGAACUCGUCGCGCGAAGUGGGCACCCGGCGGCCGGGCCCCGGGCCCGCGCCCGCGCGCCACUUCGCGCGCCCCGCACCCUACCAGCGCCCCAAGUAGUGCGCACGCCUAUUCUAAAGAAACGCUCACACUAAAAAUGCCGAAUGAAAAAUGAACUAUCCACAAUAAUGGAAAUAAAAUGAACCUUAUAAAAUGAAGACAAAAAUCGUGUGAAAACAAAAUUGCAGUUUACUCUAAAUAUAUCAAAUCAAAGCAAAAUAAACUUUUAAUUGACAGUGAAGAAUAGUUUUUCAACUUGACUAAUGUAUUUUAAACGGUUUUAUCAUUAUCAAUUUAGCGCAUAUGUCGCAUUUAUAAUUAAUAAAAAAGUAGACUUAAAUCGUUCAAUUAUGAACAAAAAUCUUUUAAAAUGUAAUCAUAAAAGUAUAGUGAAAACGUAAUUUCAACAUGUUUUGAUAUAAAAAUAAUAUAUUAUCAUGAUUAAGGAAGGGAAAAUCAUAAAGCUAUGAUCGACAUUAAAUAUCUGGAAACAUGUUGAAUAAAACCUAUAUGUAAUAAUGAUUCUUGUGUGACACUUAAUAAAUAAAUACUCUAAAAUAUGAAU